AUGUUGUUACCCAAACCUCACAUUCAUCAGCUUCGCAUACUUUCAGCGAGGUCGGGUCGGUUAGCAUAUUUCAAGAGGUUGAAUUCAAACAAAAACAAGUUUUCUGAUAUAGAAGAAUUCAACAAGAACAAAACCAACUAUUCAUAUGGAUAUAAUUUUGAUUCAUUGAAGGAUCUCGAUGACAAAUCACAACCCAAAGAAUAUACCAAACGGAACUCUAAUGAUGACACUAUAGAUAUCAAUGAAGUUAUUGAAAAUGAUCCACGUCUCACCAAGCUCAAGCCAGGGUCAUAUGAAUAUCGAGAGACUUUACAUCAACUUCACCAGGAAUUCAUCUCGAAACAAAAGAACCAGAAAAAGCGUCACGAGUUUAAUGAGAGAAUGAGGGGUGUUCUUUAUGGUGUUUUGGCAUUAGUUGGUGUUGUUUCUGCGCAUCAGGUAUUCAUGAACUACGAGUCGAUAAAAAAUCGACUUUUGAUGAACUACACCUAUAAGGAUAUCAAAGAUGACGUACCUGAAGUGACCAACAAGAACGUAAGAAGCUCCAGACACUUGCUCGAAAAAUUGGAGAAAGAAUUGGGUGAUGGAAAUAUCGCACACAUGAAAGAUUCCAAAGCAGUCCCAGGUGUUUAUCAAUUUGGAGACAAUGCCAAGAUUCCUCUCAGAAUACCGGCAUUUGACGGAAUGCUCUUGAAAGAUGCCUUUGUUGAAAAAGGUCGCAUUAUUGCAGUAACAGAUAAAGGUAAAGUUUAUGAAUGGAGAAAAGGUCAGCUGAAUUUGAAGGAGGUGAAAUUUCCCUUCCUGGUGAAUAAAAUCACCGCCACUGCUGAUUAUGUCUACUACCUAACCGGUCAAGAGGAACUAGUUUACACCCCAAGAAAGGCAGCUAAGGGAUUUUUACCCAUGCUCAAACGUAACUGGUUGGGGUUGCUAAAGUCGCAAUCGUACAAUAAAAUUGACGCCAAAAAUGUUGUUCAGUUUGCUUCAGGACAUGACCAUUUACUAUUUCGCAACAAAGAGGGACAAAUCUUUGUUGUGAACUCUUCUAGAUCACCAAAGAAUUUGGGACAGUAUGGGCCUCAGUAUUCACCAUUUGAGAAAAGAGACAUUCCGGUUAACAAACCCAUUGAAAUGACUUUGUUGAAUAAUGAGGUGGUGAAGGACGGAAACCAAAAAAGGAUCGUUUCAAGAAAGUUUACCGACAUUGCCAGCGGUGACUACUUCAAUAUUGUGUCAGACGAGUAUGACUGUGUAUGGACUUGGGGUGACAAUACCUCUGGUCAAUGCGCAAAUUCCAACACUAUAAAAAUGGAGCCAGUCCCCAGAAAAGUCUUGGACAAGAGUGACUAUAAGAGAAUAUGCAGAAACAUUUUUGGAAAAGCAGUAAAGGAGUCUGAUUUUGAGGUGACAAGGGUCUUGGCUUCAAAUGAGAGCAGCUACAUUGUAUUGAAAUACAUGGAUCAAAAUGCAAUUUUGAGUAUGGGAAACGGACUCAAUGGUCAAUUGGGUAGUGGCAGGUAUCUUCAAGUUUGCUCUUACCCUGAAAUUGUCAAAUCGGUAAUUGGGUUAAAGGAAUUUGACGAAGAAGCAAAUUCAGUAAAGAACAUCAAUAUUAAAGAUGUGAGUGUUGGUAAUGCGCACGUGUUUGUUGUGUUGAACAAUGGUGGAUCUUCCAAAGACGUUUUGGCUUUUGGGUCCAACCAGUUUGGCCAAUUUGGAAAUGGUAAAAAAGUCAAAGCCUGCAAGCCCACUAGAUUACCUAGAUUACUAGAGCCCCAAGAUGGCAACGACAAGUUAAACCUUGCGAAAUCUAUCAACGACAUGAACACACAAAGAUUGCAGUUACUCGACAACUAUAAAAUCGGCAAGACUAACAUCGAACAAGUGAUCAAAGCCGGAGAAGAUUCCUCAAUUAUUUAUUACAGAACCAAGCAGUAG